AUGUCGAGCAACGGGUGGUGGUAUGGCAGCGUAGUUCCUGUUCUAAAAGGAAUAAAACUGCUAACGCUUAGUCAAGUUGGUUAUGAUCUUCGUCAGAUUGAAAGCAGGAUUUCUGCAAAGGCUAUUGAGAAGUGCUUAACCUGUGGAUCCUGCAGCGGUACGGGCAAAGAUGACUAUCCUACUGAUAUGUACGGAAGCUGGUUGCCACCAAGGACAAGAGAUGUUUUUGAAAGGAUACAAAUUGUUGGUGCUGGUUUAAAAGCAUACGGAAAUAUACUAGCUAAGGGUCAAAUACCAGGUCGGGUUGGUUAUACUGUCUCUCCUUUGAAGACUAAUAAUACAGUGGACAAUAAUAAGAGCUGCUCACCUUUGACAGGGUCUACGGGCCAAGUUGCUAAUGACGUUUUGGGAAGAAGCUUUGCAGAUGAUAGCAUGGGAAUGCCUAUUCGCAUAAAGAAAAGUCCACAACGAGACAUUCCCUCGGAAAAGCCGAAUGAUAUUUAUCAACCUAAACUACCUAAGGGCUACAAAUUAUCGAUCUCAAGUAACACUGAUGCCAGUAGAAGUAGCCAGGAAAGAAAAGUUCCAAGUUCUCGUAUAGCGCGGCUUGCUAGUUUUGGUCAGUUGGGUAUAGGCUUAGCUGCAGGAGCAGCUGCAGAAGUUACUAGACGAGCAUUUGGAUUAAAUAAAGCAGAUACGGAAGGUUCUACAACUAGUGUUUCUGCAAACCCAUUUUUAACAACUUCAAAUGCUGAAAAAAUUGUUCAAACCUUGUGUAAAGUUCGUGGAGCAGCACUUAAGCUUGGGCAGAUGUUAAGUAUUCAAGAUGCUGAUACGGUAUCGCCAGUUUUGCUUCAAUUGUUCGAACGUGUUCGCCACAGUGCCGAUUUCAUGCCAAUUAAGCAGGUGCAUCGACAGCUUCGUUCGGAUUUUGGUGAUGGUUGGAGAAGCCAGUUUCUUGAAUUUGAAGACAAACCGUUUGCUGCUGCAUCUAUUGGACAGGUUCAUCGGGCUGUUUUACCAGAUGGUCGAAAGGUUGCUGUAAAAGUUCAGUAUCCAGGAGUGGCUCAUGGGAUUGAUUCGGAUAUUGACAAUCUGGUCAGCGUUCUCAGAGUGGCCAAUAUUUUCCCCAAAGGGAUGUUCCUGGAUGAGUUCGUCAAGGUAGCUAGAACUGAGUUGAAGUUAGAAUGCGACUAUAAAAGAGAGGCACGGGCCAUGAAGCAAUUUGCGAAAUUGCUCGAAUUUGAUUCUCACUUCUAUGUCCCUAAGGUCAUUGACAGUUUGACAAAUACCCAUGUUCUUACCGCUGAAUUUGUCGAGGGAGUACCAGUUGACGUUUGCAUUAAUGAACCGCAACAAGUUCGAGACUACAUUGCUUCGAAGUUUAUAGAAUUGUGUCUUCACGAAAUUUUUGUAUGGAGAUUCAUGCAGACUGAUCCUAACUGGUCAAAUUUUUACUUUGGCAAGCAUCCCCGUAGCGGGGAACCAUGUUUGUUGCUACUGGACUUUGGGGCCUCGAGAGCGUAUCCAAAAAAAUUUGUCGACCAGUACAUGAAGCUAAUUCGCGCUGCGUAUGACAAGGAUAAGAGAAAGAUUUUGGAGUGGUCUCGCAAGAUCGGUUUUCUGACAGGCUACGAGAGCAAGAUAAUGGAGGAAGCGCAUUGUGAUUCUAUACUAAUUCUUGGAGAAACGCUUGCGUCUUCAAAAGCCUAUGACUUCUCUAAGCAGGAUAUUACACGGCGGAUCCAUACAUUAAUACCCGUGAUUCUUGCAAACCGUCUGAAAUCUCCGCCUGAGGAAACCUAUUCUUUACAUCGAAAACUGUCAGGAGCGUAUUUGCUAGCAACAAAACUUAAGGCUGUUGUCUCUUGUGGACCGUUAUUUAAAUUAAUUAAUGAGAGCUACUCGUUUGGCGGCCUUGAUGAUAGAAUUGACAUUGAUACGGUACCUGAUCCUGUACAGAAUCCUAAAGCUCAAGUAGCAAGCUAA